AUGGAAGUUCUUGAUUCUCUCCCUGAGAUUCAGGGCUCGUACGACGACUCAGCUUGGACACCCUGCACCCAAGUCUCAACACACACCCCACAUCCACUCGAUACCCCGAGGGGUCUGUACUCCAUGGACUACGGAUACCACACAAGAUCCCCACUAUACCGUGGUCAUUUUGAGGCUAAUGGCCAAGAAUCAAAUGUUUGCUUGAAUGUAUCUGGUGGCGCGGGAUAUGGACACUCUGUCUGGUUGAACAACGCAUUCCUUGGCUCAUGGGUUGGGUCGGGUGCUAACUCUACUGUUGUUCACAACAUGUCGCUAUCAUCCGCCUUGUCGCAAGGAAGCCCGUAUGUGAUCUCAGUUCUGAUUGAUCACAUGGGGCAAGAUGAGGAGACUCUCGGCACUGAUGCAAUGAAGUUCCCACGAGGAACUUUGAACUAUGGGGUUUCAGGUCACGCCCAAUCCGACGUCUCAUGGAAGUUGACUGGUAACCUUGGAGGAGAGCAGUAUCAGGAUUUGGUCCGCGGUCCCCUCAACGAAGGUGGCAUGUAUGCCGAGAGACAAGGAUGCCAUAAUCCCAGUCUACCAAGCUCAAAAUGGGAAUUAGCGAGCCCAGUGACAGAUGGUUUCGCUCACGCGGGUGCUGGAUUUUAUGCUGCCUCCUUCCGGCUAAACAUCCCCAGUGGGUGGGAUGUCCCAAUGAGCGUUGUGUUCAACAGCUCUAUCCACAGUAGUCUUAAGGAAAAUACCGCAGGCAACAAUUACAGAUGCCAGCUAUUCGUGAAUGGAUAUCAAUUCGGAAAAUACAGUAUGUACCUCUUUGGUUCAUUGGACAUGGUUCCAUGA